AGAUAUUGAGUGAAGUAGCUCAAUGUUAUAUUCAUAUGGGUCGUCAUUUUACGUCUCAAAGAAACUUUCAACAUGAAACCUCUCAGAGAUACUUUCAAGAAGCCCGUGAUGUUAUCGAUUCAGCUAAGAAGAAAUUUGAAAUUGCAGCAUGUGUUAUUGCCCAGGAGGCAGUUCUUUACAGGGAACAGGGAAACACAGAAGAAGAGUUAAAGUGCCUUGAUUAUGUGAUCGAUAAGAAACCAUCGAAUGUCGGAGCUAGAAUACAAAAAGCACAGGCAUUGUUAGGCACACAAAGACAACGCGAAGGUUUUGCAAUGUAUAAAAAUCUCCUUCAUAAUUUCAAAGAUCCAUUUGAUCAAUUUGACAUCAACCGAAAUUACGCCUCAAGUAUGGCAGUAAAGAAACAAUUUGAGGAGGCUUAUGACAAAAACUAUGCAUGUUUAGAAAUAGCCCUUAGUUCAUUUGUAAUAGAAAAUUCAUCAGAACAAGCGGAAAAAGAGGUGAAAUUUAUAGAAGAGGAAGAAGAACAAGUUCAGAAGGUCAUUGGACAUAUAGAAAAAUAUUUUCAUUUGAUGAAAAAGCGGUCAAAAAAAAUAUCAAAAAGGAUUAAUCCAACACUAGAACUUGCCAAGAUUCAUGAAAAAAUUGGACGUUAUAAAGACACCUGUUCAGAAUAUAAUGAAGCAUUGUAUUGUCUUCUGGCAGGCGAAAAUCAUGACAGAAAUCAAGAAAUUGACAUUCGUCUUAAACUAACUAAUGUAUAUAUAAAGUUAGGUGAUCUCAGUAAUGCUGAAAAAAUGUUGGAAGAAAUUAAAGAUGCAGAAGAAAAACAUGAAGACAAUAUUAAUAAACUUCAAAUAGAUUUAGCAGUAGCUAAAGGUGAGAAGGCUGCGAAAUCAGGAGAACAUACCAAAGCUAUAGACCACUUUGCAUGUGCUGCAAAGAUGGGUAGUGUAGAGGGUGCGAUGAGAUUAUUCAGAGAAAUUAAAGAAGAAACAAAUCAUCAGGACUUCAUCAAGUAUUGUGCUUUGGUUAAAAAAUUUAUCAUGGCAACCAGUGAAAAUGGGUCAAUGCUGAAUGACCUUAAUGAGCUUCUUGUGCGUUCCUACGAUGAUGGAUGUUUAAUGCAUGUAGAUUUACAAAAAAUACGGGAAUGUCAACUUGAAAUGGAAUAUGGCUAUUUAUUGAAAAUUGAAAACACAGGAAAUAUUGAUAAUGUGAUUCACAAAUGCCGUAGCAGUUUAAACCAUGCAAUGACGAGGUUUAAAAACGACAAUUACCCAAGAGCAAAAAGCAAGAAUAUACCGAAAGACAACACAGACUUUUUUAUUGUGAACAAAGACGCAGAGAAUGAAAUUGUCAAGAAAAUAACAGUUAAGUAUGGAUGGACAGACUUCCCUACUAAGUUUAAAGAGUUCCUGGAUUUUCUUGUGUCAAUUCAGCCUGUAACCAACCCUAAGUACAACUGGAUUGAAAAACUAAUCGAACUGGAUAACGUUGAGAAACACAGUCAUUCCCCACGAGAUGCUGACAAGUCUUUUUUUGUUGCAAGGAGUGCAUGUACUGAUAUAAGACCAAUUUUAGAAGAAUUCUGCAAAUAUUUUAAACAACAACCAACAUCACCAUCACAUUAAUUGUAACCAUCAUCGUUGAUAUUCCCGGCUUAGUUGUAGUCCUCAUUAUUAUCAUCGUAUCCGUUGUCAUGUCUAUGCUUAUCAACUUAUCAUCAGCAUCAUCAUUUUUUUUUUUUUUUUUGGUUAAGAAUUAAUUAUCUUAUUAUUUAAAAGCGUUACAUAUCAGAAGCUUUGCUUCCAAAGCAAUUCCUUACUUCUCAUUUUCAUAUUUCAUUUAUUGUUUUAGACAUACUUUAAAUUUUCUAUUGUAAUCAUACAUGUGAAUAUGAAUGUGACUUUGUGAAAUAAAUCGAAAUUGAAACUAAACAAUUAAACAUUUAAUAUAUUAAAACGGCUGUUUUUAAUAUUAAGUUCACCAUUUGGUACCUUGCGUUAUUUUGACUGCCCCUUUUAUAAGGAAAUGUUACUGAAUAAUUAAAACUGCUAAGAAAUAUUUCAGUAAAGACCUACAGCAUAUUUUUAGGCAACUUAAUAACAUUCUUAAUGAUAUAUCUGAUCCAGAGCAUGAAAAAAUAUUCAUUUUUAUAAUGCUUGUAAAAGAUAAUGUAAUUAUACUGUACCUUGUGCAAUCCGAACAUAUAUUUCAUUUUAUUGUAUAUAAUACUUAUGUCAUAUUCGGCAACUCGUGUAUAUAAACAUAGACAUUGUUUUUAAUAUUGUAUUACAGAAACCUUGUAGGCUUAGUUGUGUAUUAUUUAACGAAGAUGCAUCUCGUUAUUAUUAUUAUUAUUUAAUUACAGGCCAUAAUAUAAUAAUCUGUCACACUGACAAUGGUCAGUUUACAUUCCAUUUAUCAGUGAUACGGAAGUCUCUGCAAUA